AUGGGAAACAUACUCUUUCUGAUCGGUCUCACACUCAUCAUCGGAACAACGAAAACCGUCGCCUUCUUCGCGCGCAAGCAGAAAUGGAAAGGCACAGUGGCAUUUGUCGCUGGUAUAUCGCUUAUCCUGAUGCGCUGGGCUUUCAUCGGUUUUAUAAUCGAACUGUACGGCAUACUUGUGCUGUUUGGGGACUUUCUCAUGACCAUUGCGGGCUUCGUCAGCAAUGUACCGGUGAUUGGGCCAUAUAUUGCCAAGGCACUGGAAGCGAUAAGCGGUGCGAGGCGAAAUGCUGAUCUGCCUGUAUGA